UUUUAACAAUUUUGAAAAACUUAAAUUUAUAUCAAUUGUAAAAUGGAUGAAGGGAGAGCAUACUACAUACACACGUUAUGUCGCAUCUGCCUGAACCACCUAGAAAAUGAUGCCGCCUAUGGACUAUUCCUGGUGUCAGGCUUGGCCAAGAAACUGUGUGUAUGCACCUCUCUGUCAGUGGAACUGGACGAUGGUUUCCCAGAAAACAUUUGCACCAGUUGUUUCAGCAAACUUGACGACUUGCACAACUUUCAAAAGAUGUGCGUGGACUCAGUGCAGAAGUUCAACGAUAUGGUGGCCAGCAACUGCUUUGAUUAUAAUACGCCCUCCAUGAAUUGCGUUAAUGUACUCAAUGUUGCAACGCAUGAUACAGAUAUAGCCGAGGAGGAAUACGACUGCAACUUUGAUCCAUGUUUAAAUACCAAAAUAGAAAUAGUUGAGAGUGAGGACCAUUUAUUAGACAAUUCUGAGAAUGAAGACAAAGAAUUUCAGGUCGAGGAUAAAAGUUCUUCUAUUCAUAGCGAUGGUGACGUUGAUGAUGGAAAUGUGGAUUUUGAAGUGAGCAGCAGUGAAUCCGAGCAAGACAUGGUCCUAUCACAAUUGCGCAACAGUGCUAUUUCCAAAGCAAAACAAAAGGCAGAAAAGAGUACUCAUAAAGACGAAACAGAUGAUUCUUCAGGUGAUGACAAUGAUAAGGGAAGCACAAAAGUAAAACGCAUCUCGGUACCUGAACGCUAUCGACAUACACUAAUCGAAUGUCACGUUUGCAAUCAGAAGUUUAAGGAGGCAUUUCGCUAUGAAGAGCAUAUGAAACACCAUAACGAUUUGCUACCAUUCCAGUGCGAGGUGGAGACCUGUAAAAAGAGCUUCACAACAAAUGGUGGGUUACGACUGCAUAUGGAACACGCUCAUCCUGAACUCGUCAAGGCGUAUCCCUGCACAGUUGAAGGCUGCGAUAGGACAUUUACGCGCACCCACAAGCUAACGAACCACCUAAAGAAUGUGCACAGCAUAGUAAAACCGAAGAUAAAAGAAUUUCCGUGUCCAGAAUGUGACAAGGUGUUUCAGUGCCCAACGGCACUUAAGAAGCAUAUGUAUAAGCACACAGGAGAGGAGUUUCCCAAUGCCUGCGAGCACUGUGGCAAACGUUUCUUUAUUCAAGCCGAGUUGCGCGAUCAUCUACUGCGCCAUGCUGGUAUCAAGAAUUACGAAUGCCCGCAUUGUGGCAUCGGAAAAUACACUCAGUCUGAAUUAAACAAACAUGUGGCAAUUCACAAUAGAGUAAAACAGUUUCACUGCAGCCAGUGCAAUCAUUCGUCUUACAGCAAGCAUGCGCUAAAUAACCAUGUUAAAGUGGUGCAUCUAAAGAUUAAAAAGCACGUCUGUCAGCAGUGUGGAAAAACAUUUGGCAAGCCAUAUAGCUUAAGAGCCCAUCAAGCGCGACACACAAACGAGAAAGCUUACGUUUGUAAUAUUUGUGGUAUUUCCUAUGCCGCUAAGAAAAGCUUAGUUCGACAUUUACAAACUCACGAGAAUUCCGAGACAACGGAGGAGGAGCCCACAACAACUAUUGAAGAUCAGCAAUUAACACCACUGGCAGACGACAAUAAACCAAAACUUAUGAUAUCUCCUCAGCCUCAAAGUUCAAACAAACUCCAACAUGUGGAUGUGCCACAGCUAACUGGCGCCGUUGGUAGUCCAGUUUCAUUUCUAUCUAUAGGAGCCACAAAAAUAGGUGAUAAAUUCAUAUGCCCUGGCUGUGGCAGAGGCUUUAAUCACAAGAGCAAUAUGAAAAUCCAUUACAGGAACAUACACGAAAAGGUCAAAGAUCAAGCUUGUCGCUUUUGUCCAAAGCGAUUUGCCGUUGUGCAGACGCUGCGCAACCAUGAAUUAAUCCACACAGGCGAGAAGCCAUUUGAUUGCAACAUAUGUGGAAAGGCGUUUCGUCAGAAGCUGAACUUGCAGACCCAUUUAAAAACGCACAAUAAGCCACCAAAAGCACCAAAGAAGGAAAAUACAAAUGUGUCACCAAAUUUUGAGGAAAACAAGGUACCGGCGGCUGAUAUUGCGACCUCCUCAGCUACAAUGGAUGGUGAAGAAAUGAUUGAAAACGACAUAAAAAUCAAAAUAGAGAACGAGGCUUAAAGGAGUUAAGGGCCUACAUGAAUUUUAAUAAUGAAAUGGCAAAGGCCAAAGGGCAUAGCCCUGAUCUAAUUUAUUUAUUUAUGUAUAUUUCUACAUGCAAUCCUGUUUAACAUAUUCUAGGUUACCCCUUAGUCACGGUAUAUUAUAAAUUUUGUAUUACAACAUA